AUGUCGAUCAUCUGGAAGUUUGUCGGAGUUGUACCAUGCGCGGCAUUGUGUUCCCGUGGAGUCGGAGCCGAGUACGCCAUCGUUUGCUUCCAGAUAUUCGUAAUCCUCCUGCUCUUCAUCGGAGGUUCCGUCAUGAACCUCUUCAAGUAUCGUAUGAAAGCAGUCGCCGACCCCUUUUAUCCUCGGCUCAAAACAGCCGCGAACAUUGCAGAGUUCUCUUUUUACAUUCUCUCAUUCGCGGCGACCGUGCUCACAGUGGCCUCCUACAAUGAUUUCAAAAAUCAAAUGGAAUACAAGAAAGAGAUGCAGACGGUACAGUACAUUUUGAGGUCAAUUCGAAGUUUGCUUGUCCUUUUUUUCAGAAAUUUGAAGUCUUUCAAGAGUACGUAUGGUGUGAUAACUGUUUCUUUUUUCGAUUCGAGUGCAUCAUUAGUUUCUCUUUUUUCACUGUCGGAUAUGUGUCCAUCUUUUGUCUUGGGAUUCACUGUUUUAUCAGCUCUUUUGUCGCAUUCCACGCCCUGAGAUCGCUACGUCUCUCGGCAAAAACAGUUGCCAUUCAGAAGAACUUUUUGAUAAGUUUAUUUGUCAUGGUAAGUUGUACCUAAACACAGACCGAAUAAGAGAAAAAGAAACAGUUUUGAGGUAAUAGUGCAUGCCACGUUCAUAGCCGUUCCCAUGUUCGCAUUCUUCAUAGCAAACGUCGUACCGAUUCCCUAUUCGCUCAUGCGUAAGUGUUCACUUAUCCAUUCUAGAACUGUAUUUCUUUUUCAGCUCUCAACUAUUACAUGUCAAUAUUGAUGCAAGAGCACGGGACCGUCUCCACGAUCACCAUGCUUUUCACGAACAAAAUAUUGCUGAGAGCCGUGAAACAAAUCAUUUACCGCUUGCUUCCCUGCGUUUUCGCUUCGUGCCUAGAAGAGGAUCGGAGGAAUCGGAGCGGAAUGAUUCAUAUUGUGACUGAAAUGAAAUACUGAACGAGUUCGGAGCUCUAAUUAGUUCUCCCGAGACCACACUAUACACCUUUAUAUAAGCCGUCAGAAUCUCUCCACCGGGUUCAAAAAUGAAUCGUUUCCUAUGCCCGUUUUCUUUCGUUUCUUCUUCUCGCCGCUCUCAUUUCCUUUUGGAACCUCUCAAGAACCGUCGAUUAGAGGGUGUCAUUCGUCACAAGUAUCCCUGCCAUUCCUUCCUUUUCUCUUCCCUUUUCGAGCCUCCCCUCUCCCUCCCGGAGGACAUAAUGCGUCCGAAUACUACUGCUCCGCUCCAAUCUUUUCUCCCUCCUCCCCCUCGCAAAACUUUCUCUCUCUCUCUCUCUCUAGCUCAUCUCCCUUUAUGUUCCGUUUCACAAAUUCCCACUGCGAUUCUCUCUGUCGAACCGCAUCGAUCCGUCUGUUAUGCGUGGCAAAAAUGGUUUGUCUAACUGUCUGAUUCGCUCACUUUCCGGGACUCGCGCCGCCGCUCUCCGACGCCCGAACGAUGUACAGUUGGAUGGAUAGACUCAGCGACGACGCGGAGGUUUUCUUCGUUUUCCGCCCUCUCCGAUACCACUGAUUGUUAUUCAGGUGCCGAUUCCCAGACGCGUGCCGCCUAGCCUCUCCGUUGCUUUCGAAUAUGCCGAAGGCGAGCACGAAUUCAACUUUUACAUUCGAAACGUCACAAACUAUCCGAUGAAUCAGACAUUGCACAAGACGGAGUCACGUGCGGUCAUGCAUCUUGUGAAGGGAAUCUCGCGGAAGACUUCCGUUAUGGGAUGGGCGCGCAACAUCACUUGGCAGGUUCGUGUCUAACUAACGAAUAUCGAGAAAAGUUUAGCUUCUGAUCCGAAGCAUUCUUCUAACAUUGAUUCAUUUUAGGACAUCAAAGAGAAAGAGCCAUUCACCUACCAAACGCUGAGUGUCGUGCGUGCUCCGACCACCAUCUACAACGAGUUCUUUACGUGUAAAGUGUCGCCGCGCGAGUUCAGAAACACCCUUCUUCGCAUCCAAAUCUGUGACAUUGACGAGUACGAUCGGAACGUCGUCGUCGCCGAGAUGGACUACUGGAUCAACACGCACAUCAUCUCGCAGUUCACCCAAUUCGAGAUGCCUUUUCCUCCGUUCGCCCCUGACAUUGGCGAAUUGGAACUGCACAUGGCCUAUCUGCCCACUUCGGAGCGACUCGUCGUUCACUACUCAACUGUUACUAAUCUGAAACUGGAGGAUGACUGCAGAGGUAUACACGCUUCCUGUUCCGCUUCUAAAUAUAAUGUGCACUUUCAGAGAUUUAUGUGCGCGGAGUGCUCUUUGUCGACGGAAGACAAUGGGAACAGGAGGAGUCAGAGAAGAGGUUCGCACCGACGGAUGUAGUAAUGUACGGAUAUAGAAUUGUAGCCGAUUUGUAGGCGUCGAGCGGAAAACGCGUGUACGGAUGACGGGAUGCACUUCACUCGGAAGCUCAUAUUCGAUUUGGAUCGGAAAUACGCGGCAAAGGCAGAAGUGCUGAUUCACGUGAUGCAGAUCGUGGACAACAAGUGAGCCAUUAGCCUCUCGGCUCCGAUGCCAUUUGCUAAAUGUUCCAGAAAGCUAGUGGUCGGACAGGUGACUCUUUCGAUGCGGCACUCGAAUCAAUGCCGCCAGAUGCUCCAAUCGCUUCGUUCCACAGUCUCACGUGUCCAUCGUCUGUCCCCAAGUGCCGGUUGA